AGCCUGAGGCGUCUCUUUGGAAUGGUCGAUCCCAACCUUUCCCCCUUCACCGCCGGACGAUGGCCGCCUCUCGCCGCCUCGCGCGGAAGCUGCCGUCUCUGAUCUCCCGGUAUGAGCGCCUCAUCUCCCCGGAGACUGACGCGCCUGAACUCACCGAAGCCCCCACCACCUCCGCAUCCAUCCCGUUUGACCCCUCACUCCCUGUCCUUCCGCUCGCCGUCUCCCACCUCUCGCCGCCUAACCCGCUCCCGGUGCUCCCCUCCGCUCACGCUUCCUCCCCCGCCUCUCUCUUUCGUCUCCUCCGCCGAGCCCGCCACCACCCCCGACUCGUGGCGCUCGACCUCCACAUCCUGCUGGCCGCCGCAGACGCGUCCUCCGCUUUCCGACCCGACCACAGCCUCACGUCCCUCGUCGCCGCCCGCCUCGCGGCUUCCCGCCGCCUCCCUUCGCUCCAGCGCCUCCUGGAGCUCGUCCUCACCCGCCCCUGCCCCUGUGCCGACGACUCCAUCUUUGCAUGCCCCGAGCUCCUCCCCACCUUCCGCAAGGCCAUCGUCGCCUUCGCCGCCUCCGGCGACAUCCCCUCCGCAUCGCAUGCCCUCGCCUCUCUCCGGCGCGUCGCUGACUCCCCACUACCCGCCGAGUUCUACAACAUCAUCCUCCAAGCUCUCUCCCGCCUCCGUCGCCACGACGAUGCCAUUCGCUUCUACGGCGAAAUGACCUCCGUCUACCGCGUCGCUCCGGAUGUCCACACCUUCAACAUACUCAUCAGUAGCUCAUGCCGGGUGGAAGGCGUAGACGCCGCCAUGCGGUGGUUUGGUGAGAUGCAGCGCCGGAGCUGUGCACCGACGGUCGUUAGUUUCAACACACUUAUGCGUGGGUUCAUCAGAGAAGGCAGGUAUAAGGAGGGAACAAAGGUGGCACGCGAGAUGCUUGAGCUUGGGGUUGGGCUGUCCGUUGCGUCCAUGGAGAUUUUGAUCGGUGGAUUGUGCCGUGGUAGCAAGGCUCUAGAGGCGGCUGAGCUGUUUGUUGAGUUUUUGGGGGAUGGGGUGGUGCCAGAAGGGUUUGAUUGCUUUGAAGUCGUUGAGGCUCUUUGCCGUGGUGGGAAGGUGGACAGAGCAGUGGAAGCAGUAGACAUGGUAUUAGAGAGGAAUACCAAAUGCUGUAUGAGUGCACCUGCUGGCGCCACAGUUUUGGAGUGCCUGAUGGAGGCAGGGAAGCUGGAUGAGGUUUACCGGUUGAUGUGGAGAAUGAUUGAUCAAGGGAUUGUUCCGGAUUCAAUUUCUUGUAACUGCAUCUUUGAGGCGCUUUGCGAAGCUGGGAGGACAGCUGAUGCUAACCAGCUAAGGGUGUUCGCUAAGGAGAAGGGUUUUGAGGCUGACGGUGAAACUUAUCGUAUGCUGGUGCAAGGAUUUGGGAGGCAGGGGAAAAGAAAGGAAGGGAAGGCUGUGUUGGAUGAAAUGCUUGAUUUAGGAUUUAUACCAAAUAUUGCCUCUUAUAAUAGGCUUCUUGGUGGCUUGCAUAAGUGAAGAUCUUUGUGGCUACAAGAGCACUUCUCAGGGCAUAUGGGAGCACUGGACUGAGUAUUUCGCUGGAUGAGGCUGGAUGGAGAUGCCUGAUGAGCCAGUGGUGUACAUAACUGCAGAGAUAUAAGAUGGAAAGUUUGAAAUGAGGAUUGCAGAAAGAGGAACUCAACUGCUACGGUGGGAGUGGGACUGCUUCCAAUGUAGUCUUGCAGCCGUCACUGCGAAAUGAUCUAGGAUGGGGGUGUUUGUGAAGUAUUUGAGAAAUGUUCUACACGAAAAUGAUUUAUUGGCCUGCAGACUGCAGUGGACAUUGGAAGAGAGGCUUCCCAAUUUUGUUUGGAUUGAAAGAUUUCUUGGAUUGAUCGGUCUAAGUUUGAUGACAGAGGAGGCAGCGGCAUCACGGGAUAAUUGGAUUGGUAGAAGUGCCGUCGUACUUCGCAGAAGUGCCGUUUGUGCGUGGCCUUGACAGCGGAGGCAGGGAUUGGUAUCCGCUGCCCUUCCGGGCGUCGUGACUAUUUGGUUGGACGAACAAAUAGAGAUGAAAGGGGGCAGCCACGUUACGUUUUCUAUGAUGUUUAGAUGAGAGUCACAUAGUAGAUCAAUUUUUUAUGGUGACAUGGUCCCAAAAAAAUCGAGAAUACGGUGCCACCUUCGUCUCUUCCUAAUUUGAUCUUAAACCAAAGACAUCAUAAUUAUGCCGGUAGCUGGGCUCGGCAUGGACCGUGGACAGUCUGUGAGGUUUCUACGACGGGACUUAAAGUCACCUGAUGUCGGUUCUUGCCAGAGACAGAGGUGUCCCAGUGCCAAUAGGAUGGUAUUAUGUCACAACAUGGUUGUCGGUCAAGGCUAAUAUUGCAAGGUUUUAGUAAGGAGAUGUGUGUUUCUGGAGGGGCAAGGGAAGUAUCUCUUAGGCUGGCAAACCGAGAGAGGCAACGAAUCAAUAUAUUUUGCGAGACAUCUCCCUGGCGCGCUGCUCUUUUCAUCAAUC